AUGCUCGUGAAGAUCGCGCUGAGGCUAGCGGCUGCUUAUGCGCCCGACCCCGGGCCGAGUUCAUCAAGGUCUAUCCCAGGUGUAUCCGACUCCUCAACUGGAGACACGACUUUUGCAGCCGUCGCCGAUGCCUUCAGGUGGCUUUGUGUGCAAGAAGAUUCGUCAGAGGACCGCCAAUACAGCCUAGGCCUCUACAUCAAAAUCAGCGACAGUGGGAUAAGCGUGCCCAAAGACGUGCAGAAACUAUAUAUCAAGGCUAUCGCGCGCCUGUUCAGCAUUUUGGAUGAAUACAAACACGCUUCUAAUCGUGUUCUCAUGCUCAUAUUUGAUGUGCAGUCACCUCUACCUGAUCUCAAAAAAACACUCCCGAUGCCCAAGCAUAUAUACCAUCUCAAGAUACUCGGUCUUGCUUGCGCUUCCUCCAGCGAUCCGUACUCUGUUAAAUUUUUGCCACGAGUGUUGAGAUGGGCACAGAGGGAUCAACCAUACCAAGGCCCCAGAAUCAACUAG